AUGUACAGGACGUUUGCUUUGCUGUUAACCCUUGUGGCUGCGGCCAGUGCUGCCAGCUUUAGUCGGGAUUACUUGCCACGCCCACCGGCGACGGCCAAGGGGGCGUACGUCUAUGCCACGCCCCCGCCCAGCACGAUGGCCCAGCUGCGCCGGAUAAUCCAAGGUCACCUGGAGCGCUUCCAGCAGGCGGAUGAGGCGCACUUUUCCCGGCGAGCGAAUGUUCAGCUGGGAAAAUCGGAAGAGAGGAAACCGCAGGCGAUGCAAUUGUGGGUGGUUCGCACGCCCACUCUGCCGCUGAUUUCCGCGGCGGCCUCGGAAAACUCACUGGAUUACGCGCUGGCACCCAACACACCCACUCCCAAGGACUAUGCGCACAAGUUCCUGCCGGAGGGCAAGGAUGUGGUACCCGGAAGUUCUUACAUUCCGCUGCGGUUGCUGGUGAUAAAGCGAUGAUGAGUUCGGAAUUCUGAAAUAUUGGGCGGCGGCGGCGGCUUGGCUUUUGUUGUUCGAAAAACAAGUUCCGGCGGAAUGCCGAUACCAGAUACUAGAUACCCGAUACCUAAUAGCCAACCAGUAGUUGGCUAAUUGGCUUUAAGCUUACUGGUUCUUACCGCUAGUUUAGUUUAGCUUAAGCAAUACCUUAGUUUCCUCUAUGUUAAGGCCCGCGUUCGCUAAUCUAAAUUAAGUCACCACAUCCCGGAGGUCCGUGACUAAGACUUACGACCUUAUCGCAUCCAAUAAAAUCGAAAUUAAGCAUACACAGCCACAUGCCGUCGUAAUCUAUGAAAUACAUUCACCAAAAACUAAGUUGUCGUCUCAUUUACAUAAAUUAGAAGACAUAAAUUUCGAAGUGAGCGGGGAACUACUUGGCUUUAAACGGUUAAAAGCUGCC